AUGUCCCUUGAGACUCUUGAAAUACAUGCCUUUAGAUCGUCCAUAUCCCUGCCUAGAGUUGCAGCGGAGCUCUUGCGAGCUGUCACAGGUUUACGCACUGUCAAGCUCGGCUUCAGCAAUGGCGAUCUGUUCGAACUGGAGAGUCUCAUGGGAUGUGGUCAGACGAUCGAGACGUUAGAGAUCUCCCAUAAAGAUCCAAAACGUCGAUACAGUCCACAAAAACUCCAGCAGCUGACGAGCAGCUGUCCGAACUUGACUUCUAUUGGAUUGAACCUUGUCAGUCUGAGCCGCACCAUUCGUGCCAUGCGGCCAUAUGAGCCGCUCCAAGUAUCAACGUCAGCAAACUCUGAACCGGCUCUCCAUAAAUUUACGAGAUCGCUGCAAGUGCUUGCGCAACUACCAAGGCUCGAGCGGCUUUGCUUGACACACCGUCUACGGAGGAGCCGUAUCUACAACGCAUCUGAGCGCCGGUGGCAUUACGCACAAGUCGCUGACGAAAUCAUGCGGGUUCUUGCAGACAAUGGUUCCCCUGUGCACGUGCUCCAAUUCUGUCCUACUUGGACAUAUGAUGACGAUAUCCAUAAUGUUGUAUUUGAUGAGAGUGGCCACGCAUGGCCCAGAUACACGUACAAACGAGGUGUGGUGUCUCUAUUUGGAGAUUCAUCAGCCGGCACCAGGACUGUGGCUGUACCUGUGAAGGACGAUACCUCGGACUAA